AAAACCUGCUGGCCCGAAUGACUGUCAUUUCCAACAUGGCUUCCAGCAGUCUCGUGGUGCAGUUGCAGAGAUUGGCGAUUCGAAAAUUCUGCAAUAAUUCCCCCAUUUCACUACUUCAAUUUAAUCGAAGUGUACAUAACUUAAAUAGCAGGCUAUUUGUUCCUGUCAAAAGAUUUCCUUUGAAAAAUCAAACGGCAUUUUACUAUGUAAAGCCGAAACAGAAGAAGGGACCGACUUUCAGUGGAUGGGUCAAGUUUGGAUGUGCUGUUACGUUGGUCGUAUCUGGUGUAGUUGCUUAYAUUGGCUGGCCAGAUAAUUUAGAUAAGGAUCCUUAUAAAAAUGAAUUAUUACCAUUGCAAUACAUAUACAGAACAAGAGAUAAAAUAUGGGACUUUUACGAGAUGUUCUCAGAGCCUUCCAGUAAACAGUUGCUUCCAGAUCCUCUCCAGGAACCAUACUACCAGCCUCCAUAUACUCUUAUAAUAGAAAUGACAGAUAUCUUGGUUCACCCAGAGUAUGAUAGGAAAAGUGGCUGGAGAUUUCGUAAAAGACCUGGACUUGACUACUUCCUAUCUCAACUAUCUACUCCAUUAUUUGAAAUUGUUAUUUUUACCCAUGAAGUUGGUUUUAGUGCUUCACCAGUAAUUGAUGGCUUCGAUCCAAAUGGAAUGAUCAUGUACAGGCUCUUUAGGGAUGCCACCAAAUAUGUCAAUGGAACCCACGUCAAGGAUUUGGAAGGGAUCAACAGAGAUUUAAAGAAAGUCAUUGUGGUUGACUGCAGUAAARAAGCUGCCCAGUACCACCAAUCAAAUGCCAUCAUUUUAAAGAAAUGGGAAGGUGACCCUAAAGACACAACACUUUUUGACUUGGUACCUUUGUUACAAACUAUCGCCACUUCCAAUGUUGAGGAUGUACGGACAGUGCUAGAUUUCUACCGCGAUGAAGAAGACAUAGUUGCUGCUUUCAAAAGAAACCAAGAAAGACUUCGAAAAGUUGAGGAAGAAAAGCGAGCACAGUCAGCAAACCAGUCACAGUCGUCGCAAUGGUCGGGUUUAUUUGGUCGUGGUCUGUUUGGAAAAUCAAAAUAAGCGUCAACUCAAAGGCAAAGAAUACGAAAAUGAAUACUACGUGGACUUGACUUAAUUAUGACGUCUUAGAAGCUUUACCUUUUAAGAAACAGUGAUAAACUCUUGGUACAAAUGCAAAACGGGACGGAGAAAGUUUAAAAGGCAACUGCGUGAACUAAAGGAAAAGAAUUGAAAAAAACGUUCAAUUGUUGUCGGCUGCAGCUUUUACAAUAUCACUACUUGACAAAAUGAAAAGCAUAUGAAGUUGCUUUCAACCGCUCAAUCUUGAAAACUUUGACAAUACUACGCCAUUGUAAUGUAAGAUUUGCUAAAGCUGGAAACUACAUCACGGCUUUAGAGUGUACUAAAAAAACAAGAUGGCGGACUAGUCAAACAAAACUACACCGAAAGAAAAAGUUAAGUUUGAUAAAGCACUUUGGACUGUUUAUAGGCUGCAUGGAAUAGGUCAAAUAAAACUCUUUUGUUUAUACCGGUUUGAAAAACAUGUUUCGAUAAUGAUAAAGGACACGCCCUUUACGUUUAUUAAUAAAAUACACAAAGGGGGAAUAA